GUACUGUACGUGAAAAAAUCAAAAAAUGAGAAAUUUUGCUUUCGAUUUAUUUUCUUGCGGGAAAAAAUGACAUUUUCAUAAUAUCUCAACACUGUUCACACCUCUCCCUUACUCCACCCUUACUCACCAUAUUCCACUGAUAACAGUGAUAGCAAAUGAAGACCAGUAGUAUACAUUUACGCCAAAUCUCACUUCUGUAAGAGUUUUUUCUUUCGAAGGCUAUCGUUGUGCUCAGAUAAACAGUUUUUUAAUAUCUCUCAAUGUGUUUGUGUAGUGUUAUGAUUUACGAACAAAGUGAAUGUUUUUAGAAAUACCUACCUACGUCGAAUUAACGUCUAACGAUAAGUUUUGCAAGCAGCAGUUUAUAAAAACGAAGAACGAGGUUUAUUAAAUGCAGCAAAAAGGAAUAUUACCUACAACUAACUAUAACCGUUAACCGAGAACGAAUAACAUCAUCGAUCCUUUCCAUCAGAUCAGUAUCACUGUAAAAUCAAGUACGCGUUGCAUCGGAUCACAAAAGAAAAACAAGGGCAACAAGCACACAUCUCAUCAUCAACUCGUAGAAUUGAUUGCACCAGUACCACAUCAAAUCACUAACGCGCGGAAAAAGACAUUUUAAAUUUUACUCCCGGUCUCGUGAUUUGUUCAUACAACAAAACCUUUUCAAUAAGGUAUGUCAAACAGUUGUAGUUCAGUAUGUACAUCGGCCGAUGGUCGAUGGGAUACCAAAAUCAAACUUCAUACUGUAACGUAUAUUUGGAGGAUAGAGAAUUUCAGCUUUCAUGAAGCAAUUGGAGAUGAUUUGAAAUCCCCUACUUUCUCCGGUAUCGAUGAUAAAGAAACCAAAUGGUAUUUGCUACUGAAACCUAGUUUCUCGGAGGCUGAAAAAAACUGCAUUGCCUUGUAUGUAUACCUAAGCUCUCAGGCAGAAGUAUUUGUCAAAUUCUCGAUAUGUCUUCUGGAUCAAGCACAACAAGAAGUGCCAUCCUCCCGUAGGACCACGGUUAAAAUAAGAAAACUUAUCUUUCCAUCAAACUUAGCCGAUAAUAGUUGGGGCUUCAGUCAAUUUCACGAAAAGAACGAAUAUUUCACAAACAAUUUAUUAGUUGAUGAUACAUUAACGUUCAAGUUUGUGAUGACUUACUCCACUCGCGAUGCUGUUGAUAGUCUUCAUCAUAAAUGUAUCAACACUCCACUCUAUCCCAGUGUUCCGGAAUGUAAUCUUUCCCAUCACUUUGGAUUGUUACUUGAAGAUCACCGUCUCUCUGAUGUGGUACUUUCGGUAAACGGUGAAGAAUAUCCAGCUCAUAAACUUGUUCUAACGGCGCGUAGCCCAGUUUUCGCUGCUAUGUUCGAUCAUAACGUCAAAGAAAACGAAGAAAAUCGCGUGUACAUAGAUGACAUGGAUGGAAAAGUGGUCAGUGAAAUGUUACGGUUCAUAUAUACUGGAAAAUGCGAAAAUUUACGCGAACUGGCGACUGGUUUAUUAGCAGCGGCUGAUAAAUAUGAUUUAGAUCGUUUGAAAAUGAUUUGUGCGAAUGAAUUGUACGAGAACUUAUCGGUGGAAAAUGCUGCAAGUAUUUUGGCGUUAGCAGACAUGCACGGCGUUAAAGAACUUAAAACUGAAGUGAUCAAGUUUAUCACCGGAAAUCCUACUGAAGUGUUGGGUACGGAAGGUUGGAAAAGUGUUCGAUCGAAUUUCGAGUUGGCCGAUGAAGUAAGCUUGGCUAUUGCUCGACGAGAAAUGCCCAACAACUGACUGAGGUUAUCGAAAGGAUGAACAAAUUUUAUAUUUUGUAAGUUAUGUAUGUUUGAAAUUGUCUAAAGUAAUUCGUAAACCAGGAAUUUUACCAGUUAUGUGAGUUGUAUUGUAUGUUCUGUUCUUAUGGGUUAUAGUCGCCAGUAGGUACCUACCUACUUAAAUUUUUCAUUAAUCUAUGCUAUAUGAAAUUAUUACAUCAAGUAUUAGGUACUAUUUUUCUGUAAUUAUUUCAUUUCCAAUAAAUUUUGUCAAAUAAAUA